CAACUUCCAGGAGGAGCAGUGGUGAAGUUCUGGGAGGAAAAUUCAGACUUCGUAAACAGUCGAGAGGCUCACCGAACACAAAGCUGACACGGGCCACGACCAGGCAGCCACUAUGGACGAUUUAGACGCUUUGCUGGCGGACCUGGAAUCAACUACGUCCCACAUCUCAAAAAGACCGGUAUUCUUGCCUGACGAGACCCCCUACUCCAUUCCCACCGGAGGACACUCAUACCAGGAUGUGUCAGUUCCACCUCCAGUCCCUCCUCCACCCUCAGCCGAGGCGCUGAACGGCUCCCUGGUAGAUCAGCCGGACUCCCACCACUCCUCUCAGCAGUCAUUAGGUUCAGCGCAGAAGAGCUCAUGGUCCAGGGACAGUAGCAGCUCUCCGUUGUCUCACAUUGAGGAGGACCACGUCUACAGUUUUCCAAACAAACAGAAGUCCUCGGACUCGUCAACAGCAGCCAUGACCUCUGCCCUGGGCAGUAACCUCUCAGAGCUCGACAGGCUGCUGCUGGAACUUAACGCAGUGCAACAAAGCUCCCCUUCAUUCCCCACAACAGAGGAGGCAGCUCCGCCCUUACCUUCCUGCAGCAUCACCCACUAUGAGAAUGGCGGCGGCCCUGACAUCAUGGUGAGCCCUCCGCCUCAGGAGAAACCCAAGAGGAAUGGAACAGAACGGUUAGACGAAACCCGACCCACUGUGGAGAGUCUGCUGGACGAGCUGGAGGGCUCAGUGCCUUCACCCAGCCCCCCUGCUUGCCACAGCGAUUUGGACACCCCCUCUCAGCAACAAGCCAGAAUUUCAGCUUCCUGUGCCACGAGAGAGUUAGAUGAGCUGAUGGCCUCUCUGUCUGACUUCAAGAUUAUGGCCCAAGGUAAGGGUGGUGUUCCUGGUGGGCCCCCAACACAGGUCAACAAGCUGGACAACAUGCUUGGUAGCCUGCAGUCUGACCUCAACAAACUGGGUGUGCAGACAGUAGCUAAAGGAGUGUGCGGUGCCUGCUGUAAGCCAAUCGUAGGACAGGUGGUGACCGCCAUGGGCCGCACAUGGCACCCUGAACACUUUGUGUGCACACACUGUCAAGAGGAGAUUGGUUCCAGGAACUUCUUUGAGCGUGACGGACAGCCUUACUGUGAGAAAGAUUACCACAACCUGUUCUCCCCACGGUGCUACUACUGCAACGGGCCCAUACUGGAUAAAGUUGUGACGGCGCUGGACAGGACAUGGCAUCCUGAACACUUCUUCUGCGCUCAGUGUGGAUCCUUUUUUGGCCCAGAGGGUUUUCAUGAGAAGGAUGGAAAAGCCUAUUGCAGGAAGGAUUACUUUGACAUGUUUGCACCGAAAUGUGGAGGCUGUGCCAGAGCCAUUCUGGAGAAUUACAUCUCAGCACUGAACUGUCUUUGGCAUCCUGAGUGUUUUGUGUGCAGGGAGUGCUUCACCCCGUUUGUGAAUGGAAGUUUCUUCGAGCACGAUGGCCAGCCCUACUGUGAAGUGCACUACCACGAGCGCCGUGGCUCCCUCUGCUCCGGCUGUCAGAAGCCCAUCACUGGUCGCUGCAUCACAGCCAUGUCCAAGAAGUUCCACCCGGAGCACUUUGUCUGCGCCUUCUGCCUGAAGCAACUCAACAAAGGCACCUUUAAAGAACAAAACGACAAACCCUACUGCCACGGCUGCUUCAUCAAGCUGUUCAGUUAGGGAGAGCAUUUAGCAGCAUCACAUACUGUGUGUGUCAGGGCUUGGAUCAGUAUCUAAAGCAUCUUUAGCACAGGUAGGGUGAGAAUGGAUCGUGUUUGUAUCAAAGAAAGUUGUCUGUUUUUUAUUGAUGACAUUGGAAGUGUGUAUGGAUCAGGUAUGUGCAUGAGGCUGAAGCACCACACUGUCUCUGCCAGACUAAAAUACUUUUAACGUGUCCUUCAGAUAUGUGGAAAACCUUUUUUAGACUGACAGCCAUUUAUUUUUGAAGCUUUUAUGGGUUUGAAUUGGAGUAUAGGCCUCAGAUUGAUGCAGACGUGCUCAGUAUUUAAAGGACAUUGAGAUUUUUCAGAACAUGAAAAAGUGACUUUAGAGGGGUUUUACAGAUCAACACUGAUGUGCAGAAGACAUCAUUUUCACCCAGUCUACUUUAGAUGUGUUGGACAUUUUCCACAGGCAAAGAGUUGUCAUUUGUUUUUGUAACUCUCACAACAUUGUUUUUUCAAGUCUUUUUAGUUGUUUUUUUUUCUUUAUCUUACUGAUCACUGUAGAAAUCCAUAAAAUACUCUGAGUGUUUGACAUUGUUGCUCACUGGUUGAGUGUGUCAUUUUAAAAACCAUUAAAAAAAGAGAAAUGUAAAAAUCUGAAAACCAUAACAGGGAACAGGUGACCUGUUGUUUUUAGCAUUACAAUGUGACCUGUCUUUACUGAUGAGCUUUUAGAUAAUUUUUUUCAUGAUAUUAAGUUGGAAAGUGCAGAUGGAUAAAAAAAAUGGGCUGAGUCAGUGUUGACAAUUAUUUUGUAUGUGUGAAAUUGAUUGUAGUGUCACUUAUUCAGCCUAAGCCUUAUCUGAAGAUUUUAAGUGUUGAUACUAGAGUGUUACAAAGUUGAGUUUCUAUUAUAAAUGAAUCAAGAAGUAAGAAUCAGUCAGUUUUACAGUCUCUAACGUCAGAAUCUCAAUCACACUUAUUUUUUUAGCCAAAGGCAAACCAUGCAUGGGUGAAUAUUUUACAGUGAUUUUCAAUGAAAUAAUUCAAUAUGAAGCCAUCCACCAGAAGCUGCAGUAUUUACUCUCAAUUACAUGUUUGAAUAAACCUCACGUUUUUGUGCUGCCAAAUCAUUCCUUAUUUUUUCACUGUAGAAAAGAGAAAAACAAUCUGAAAAGGGUUUGUUGCAGUUGUCUCAUACAGCAAAGUGGAGCCUCACAAAGAUAUUGGAAUAAUAUUGUGCAUCUCUUAAACUACCAUGACUGACUGUGAAUGCAUCUUCAGAAGUGUUUUUGUAAAUAUCCAAUGCAGCUACGCCAUAAGCUUAACGUUUAAUAACCACUCAUUGGAAGAGGGAGAGGGCUGGUGAGAAGGCAAAGCAAAGAUACUUUGAUAUUUUUGGUGUCAUUACUGUAUUGAGAAGCUGAUGAAUGUUCACUGUUUUGAAAGAAGUAGUACAUAAUGCAAGAAAAUGUGUAAAUGUGCCUGUGAUACUUCAGUAACUCUAUGCAACUGUGGAUUAACAACUUUGUAUUUCAGCAUCUUUCUUACAUAACAGUCCGUCUGUGCCAUUUUAUCAGUACCUUGUCUAAUAACACUGGCAAAUUCAGCAAAAUACUGAGAACAGGUCAAUAGUCCACAGUUAUUCAUGUUAUUAGUCUGUGAGUCCACUGAGAAAUGUAGGCUGUUAAAAUGAGAGCCUGGUGGUCUGUCAGAGUGAAUGGUAGGACUAAGAUGACUCUUCCCUCAGCAUCUGAGUAGCAUCUACUGUAUGACCACCAGGUUGGGUCUGUACAUGGUUUAAUCGUGACAUGCAGCAGAUUUAUCGGGCCUUUUGUCUUGUUCAGGGAAUUCUAGAGCCUUAAAUCUUUUCUCACUCUAUUUAAGAGAUCAUGUAACAGUUGUCUUUUUGAAUCAAUUUAAUAGAGUGUUAUUUAACCAAAGCCAUACCUUCUUUGAAUUUUAUUUUUUUUUGUCUGUUCACUUUUUCUUUUCUUUUCACUUCGAAUGUCAAUAGUUAUGAAUAGUGAGAUUCCUCACCUCUAAUCUGAUUACGCAAAUAAAUUCUGUUUUGUUA